AUGUCUGACUUAACAAGCGACACUGUCGCUCCAGUCGCACCUGCAGGCAACGGCAUCAGCAGCUCCCAAGGGUACCUCACAGUCGUUGUUGGCCCUAAGAACAACCACUUCACGGCCAACAAAGCUCUCAUCAUCUCACGCUCCACCUUCUUCAAAACCGCCGCAUCGAAGCGCUGGACCGACGGCAGACCCAAGCACAUCAUACUCGCCGACGACAACCCCGAGCAGUUCCGUGACUACCUUCAAGUCCUCCAAGACAACGCCCUCGACCCACAGCAGCACUGGACAUUCGUCCAAACCGGCCUGAUCUACAUCCUCGCAGACAAGCUCGGCGACUUGCGCACAAGCAACAUCUGCGUCGACUUCAUCAUCAAGGAUCUCGAGGUCGACGAUGCUGUGCCGGGCGACAGUUUCAUUAACUUUCUCUACGAGCACACAAUUCCCGGCUCGAAGCUCCGCAAGUUGUGCAUCGACUACUACAUCCACGAAGCCAACAUCGUAGGUAUGGACAGGGAGCUCGAGAGGUUGCCCGCCCGCUUCUGGCACGACAUCGUCGUCGAAUCCCAUGAGCUGAGGAAAAAUCACGGGCUUGGCUAUGUCGACGACAUCUUCCGUGAUCGUGUCGUCGAGCAAGACGAUUGUACCUACCACCAGCAUGACGAGACUCACCCGGCUUGUGAGGGGGUGUGA